UAGAUCUUUUAAUGCCUUGACUUGACGGCCUUAUUUGACAAUUAACGGAUAGCUGUUUGUAAUGAUUGAUGGCUGGUAAUCGUUAACAUUAGCUGAUUUCACUAAAGACUUGGUUCUUUUAAAAAAUAAAUAAUUGUGAUUUUUUCAUAAAUACUAUACUUCUUGUUUUUUGGAGCAGCUAUUUUUUGUAAUGUUUUUUCUUCGAGUUCGUAUUUUCUCAACAGCUAACCUUAUCAAAAUACAGGGGGCUGUAACAUUGGUAGCAACCUGUUAAUAUUAUGCUUAGGAUCCUAACCUAUGGUUGUGUAUGAUCAAAUCAUUCAUUGUAAUUGAUAUGAUUUAUUUGUUUAUUUUGAAAAAGCAUUUAUUGUAAGAAGAUCAAAUUAAUAUUGGGUUUCUUUUCCAGUUUUCCCUACUCAGUAUCUGGUUCUAUUUUUGUCAACCUGAAAAUAGGUUGGAUCACAAAGAAACUUACCAGAUAUAUUCUGACACUAAUUUCUACAAUUUGGUGAUUAAAUAAUUUCGCUUGUUAAUUAUCUCUUCACAAGAUCCAACUACUAAUAAAAAUAGCCCAAAAUUUAGGUACCCUUUCUCCCUUUUUUUCUCCUUACCACUCACUAAAAGAACAGAAAAAAGAAGCAAAACCCUUCUAUACAACUUUGCAUGUCAUGCCAUGCCAUGGACGUUUUACCCAGAAAAUCUUUACCUUGAUCAUGUUUUAGGGUCAUCAAUUUCCCCACAGUUGAAGAAAAUCUAACCAUUAAAUUCAAAACCCUGAAAGAAAAAAGAAAGAAAAAGAAAAUCUAACAACCAAAUGGCUGUAAGCACUGCUCUCCUAGGAUGCCUAAAUGCCUUAACUUUGUGCAUUUCAUUACCUGUCUUGUUGGCUGGAUAUUUCUUACAAUUGACAGCGAAUUCGCCUUGUGAUCCCAUAAUGUACAAGCCUCUCAUUGCACUUGGUUGUUGCUUGCUCAUCGUCUCCUUGAUCGGACUUCUCGGCUCGUGCUGUCGAAUAACUCCCUUUCUAUGGUUGUAUUUGAUCACUUUGUUCAUCGUAAUUAUUGGAUUGUUAGCGUGUUUAUCGGUUGGAGGCGCGGUUGUUAGGGGAGGUGGAGAUGGGGAGGAUGUUCUUGGAGGUGAAGCUAAGGAGUAUGAGCUUCAUUCAUUCUCAGGCUGGUUGAAGAAUAAUUUGGUUGGUGGUGGUCAUUGGGAGGAUAUCAAGAGAUGUAUGAUUCGCCAUGAUGCUUGUGGCAAGAUUGGUGCUUUUAGGUCCAUUAUGGAUUUUGUCUCUUUGAGUCGCUCAAGGCUUACAUCCAUUGAGACAGGAUGCUGCAAACCACCAGUACAUUGUGGAUAUGAGUAUGAAAGUGCAACAAAUUGGAAAGUUCCAGCAAAAGGAUUGAGUUCACAAGAUCAAGAUUGCAAAACUUGGAACAAUGAGUUUGAUAGAUUGUGCUAUAAUUGUGGUUCAUGCAAAGCUGGUUAUUUAGCUUUAUUCAUGAAAGGAUGGAGGAAAAUUAGCAUUGUUAAUGCUGUCCUCCUUGUUGUCCUCUUUGUCGUCUUUCUUAUUGCUUGUUUUGCUCUUAGAGAAUAAAUUUAUUAGCUUAUUUUCAUUCUCUAAUCUCUCUUUUUCUUUUUUUUAUUUCCCUUUUCAAAAUAUAAAUCUCUUUAAGGGUUUAAGAUUUUUAUUUUAAUUUUCUUUACAUGUGGGGUUAACUCUUUGAAAUUUUAUAUUAUUAACAAAAGGGAAAAAUUUAUAUUCUUGA